AUGGAGAGCUGGCCUCCGCAGCGGCGGGUCCUGCCGGGCCCCCUCCCGAGCCCCUGGCUGCUGGGCUUGUUCCUGCUCCCCUGGACCCUGCAGCUCGCAGGUGCAGGUACGCGGUCAGUGACACACACUGGCCUCCCCAUCGUGGUCUCUCUGGCCAACAAGACCGUUUCCUUCGACUGCAAGAUCACCUACCCAUACACCACCAAGUUCAAGGACUUCACAGUCGACUACUUUUAUGUGGACCUCCAGGGCCGGGAAAGCUCUAAGGAGAAGAUCAACUGCAAUCGUGGCCAGGGCAGAGAAAACGAGACCCACACCACAAACUGUCCGGUCACCCCCAAGCUGCCUGACGCAUCUGCCACCGGCACCUACUACUGCUCCGUCGGCUGGUGGGACUCCAAGAUGAUAGGGAACGGCACCUUCAUCCUUGUCCGAGACACAGGGUACCGAGAGCCCCCACAGGGCCCCCAGAAGCUCUUGCUCUUUUGCUUCGUUGGCAUCCUGACUGUCCUGAGCAUCCUGGCCACGGCCCUGCUGCUCUGGAAGAAGAGGCAGAUGCAGGCUCCACGGAAGCACCCGGGCCCCAGCGCUGCCAGAAGCCAAGAGCAGCCUCCAUCUGAAUCCAUCUACACGGACCUGCAGCGCCGACAGACUGAGGUCUAUGACUGCAUCCAGAGUGAAGCCCGCAGCCCGCUCUCCACCCACGACCUGCUCUCCCAGGAGAAACAGCAUAGCCUUGAGGGUGACGGUGAAUUUAACAUGGUCUAUGAGAAUCUCUAGGACGAGCGCCACCUGCCCACGCAUCUUGUCCUGGAUUAGAGGUCCUGGGGCAGCCUCUCCCUCCAAAGGACUUGAUCUGUACCAGGAGUGAGGCCCCAGGGGUGCCCCAACACCUCAUCCCCACAUGAAGAGGGUGCCCUCUUGCCUUGGCCAGCCGCACCCCCUGUUCUG